AAACAGAGGUGAAAAUUUAAGCAUACAAACCAAUAUGUCCUUAAUUUUUUUUCAGUUGCUUCAGUUAGUGGUUCUUACAUUUGAAUACGUGUUUCAAAUUGGUCAUGCACUUAUCCUCUCAAUAACAUAAAUACGGGAAUGAGUAGACAUACCCGUAUGAUCAAUGAAAAUAAUAGAGUGCAUAAUAACGUACCUUGAUAUAAAAAUAUAAAAAUAAUUCUGUCCAUAGAAAACAAAUCUAGGAAAUGUCCUUAAACCAACUCCUGCAAUUUUCACCAAACUGAAAUGAAACUUAGUGGGCAUGUGGCAUACAUGCGCGUUUUCUUACCUUUAUGUCCAAAGAUUUUUUACCGGAGAUUUUGGCCUUGUUUACCCUGUAUAUUACAAUGACAUCUGAACACUGAAAACUCAACUCCAGCAUUCUAUCCGAUUCAAAUUAAACUUGGUAAACAUUAUUGACACGCCCAAUUUGUCUGAAGUUUUGUGUCCGAUUCUGUUUGUAGUUAUACCUUUUUUUAGACUUCAUAUUAUUCUAUCAAGCAUUUUCAGCGGGCAAGUAUCAUAAUAUUUGUCUUAUUGUAUUUCAAGUUUAUCUUUUUGCACGGCUUGAUCAUGAUUAUUUUUAUACAAUUUUUAAUAGAACAUCUGUGAAAGGGAUAUGUUCGUGAACAAUUUGAAUAAAUCUUUUACUACAUAUCUAAAACAUUGGUUGCAGGAAUAUCGGAGGGAAAGAGCGGCGAUUCAACUCUAACUGGCUCGCUGACUAUCAUUGGCUACGAUACUCGCAGUCGCAAGAUUCUGUUUAUUGCGCUCCAUGCUUACUAUUUGGAACUAGUAAAGACAGGGCCUCAUCUUCGUCUGGAGUGAGCGAUUGGAAGAAUUUAUCAACAUAUGUUAAGCGUCAUCAAGUUGAUGAAUUACAUCGUGCUAGUGUUGUUUUAGCCGAAAACUUUGUUGACGUUAUGGUUGACAAAAAAGAAUCUAUCCUUUGUAAAAAAUCCUCUUCCAGCAAACAAAUAGUAGAAAAAAAUAGGCAUGUUCUGAAAGAAAUCAUAGAAGUUCUAAUAAUGUUAGGAAAACAGAAUAUUGCAAUACGUGGUCACAAGGAGGAGAAAAGUAAUUUCAUGGCGGUUUUACAAGGGUUGGCGAAAAAGAAUCCAGUUCUGUCAGACCAUUUAGCCAAUGCACCAUCCAACGCAAAGUAUACUUCGCCUGAAAUACAAAAUGAACUUUUAAGUUUAUGCGGCGACCAAAUAUUGGACAUGCUAACAACUCAGUGCAAGAAUGCGGGUGUGUUUGCUAUUAUGGCAGAUGAAUCUUCUGACAUAUCCACGAAGGAACAGUUGUCAAUCUGCGUCCGCUACAUUGAAAAGAACGAACAUAACAGACACAAGCUUAGGGAGGAUUUCCUUGGAUUCAUCACCUGUAAAUCAAUAAAAGGACAGGCCAUCGCACAACUCAUCUUAGAAAAUCUGCAACAAUGGGGUCUUGAUGUAUUGAAGUUAAGGGCACAAUGUUAUGACGGGGCAAACAACAUGUCCGGAAAGUAUAAUGGCGUGCAAGCUUUAAUUCGAGAGCGUGCACCACUUGCACACUAUGUGCAUUGCAAGUCGCAUUGUCUCAAUUUGGCUUUGGUGCACAGUUCUAAAUUACAAUGUGUUAGGACAAUGAUGAAAACAGUGCAAGAUAUUGCAUUUGCUUUCCAGUACUCUGCAAAACGUCUUCAGGCUUUCGCCGACGAGCUUGCAAAUGAUGCCAACACAAGGGAACAGCUUGACGGGCGACACAAACUGAAGACGCUUUGUGAAACACGAUGGAUGAGCCGUGCUGAUGCACUGACAACAUUCAAGAAUGCUUUCCCUGUCAUCAUACAUGCUCUGGAAACUCUUGGAGAAGACAACGAUGAUAAAGCUCGAGAACACUUGAUAGGUGUUCUACGGUUUGAGUUCAUCAUUGCUUUGACGACUGCGGAACAUAUCUUGAGUGCUCUUGUUGGUUUGACAGCAAUUCUUCAAAAGGCUGACAUGGACUUGAUUGAGGCCACAAAAGAGGCAAGGGUAGUUGUUGGUAUUCUGAAUGAAGAACGUGGAGACCCUCUUGUUUUCGAGGGAAUUUUCCAGACAGCAGUAAACAUUGCAUCCCAGUUCCAGAUUGACCCGUCCAUUCCACGGCAGAUUCAGCGGCAACAACACAGAGCUAAUUAUGAUAUAGCAGACCCUGAACAAUACUGGAGAGUUGCUCUUUACAAUGUCUUUGUUGAUCAUCUUAUCCUAGAAAUCACAAAUCGGGUGAUUUCAAAUGAGGAUCGUUUCACCGCUCAGUUGCUGAUACCUACCAGACUACCGGAAUUAACUAACAAUCUGGUGGAUGUUAUAUACACUUGCUAUGCAGAGGACAUCAACUUACCAAAAGAGCUGUUUGAAUAUGAGAUACGGAGAUGGACUAUGAGGUGGUCGGAUGGUGCACAAAAACCAACCACAAUAAUCGACACCCUAGACCGAACCCAAAGUGAAGCGUACCCGAGCAUCUACAGUAUACUGAAAAUAUUGUUGUCAAUGCCAGCCACACCAGCGUCAUGUGAACGGUCAUUCAGCAGUAUGAAGAGAAUAAAAACAUACCUUAGAAAUACAAUGACUGAAAACCGUCUCGCUAGUCUUGCUCUGUUGCAUAUUCAUCGAGAUAUGGAGGUAGAUGUUGACAAAAUUAUUAACAAGUUCGGUUAAAUGCCGAAAUAUUGAAUUCAUAUAGAUGGAAUGUCAUACUGACACAGCUUGAGUUAUUUAACGCUGAUGAAAUAAAGUAGAAAAUAAAUCAUAGAAACCGAGAAUAAAUGGCACUGAUUACAGUUUUGUUUAAUACAUCCGAAAUGCACCAGAUUGCACCAUUUAACGUACAUUUUCAAAAAAAUUUUCAGCGGAGUGGGUUUAUUGCACAUCAAAUGCGGUUUCAACCUGUCUGUGCUGUCA